AUGGCCGGACUGGAGCAGAUCGAGGUGCACUCGAGGGACUACCUCAUACGUUGGGUGAAUGUGAAACAGGAGCACACCAUUUCCUGGACCAUUCAGCCUCACAAGAAAUCAAUCAACUUUGGCUUGUUCAAGCAUCCCGGGCCGCAGGCGAACCAAAAUCCAGGCCCUCCUUCACUACCACCUCCCUCGCCCAGCCCGUCCGCCGUCGACGAAGACAAGUCAGACACGAGCUCCACUGCGAUCGAGAGGCUGACCAGUAUCGGACUCAAACAAAUACGAUGGAUGGGCAAGUGUGAGGCCGACCGGGUAACCCAGGGCAAGCAUGAUGUACGUUCAGGAGAAGGGGGCAACUAUGCUCUGGUGUUCGACAAUACAUUCUCGAAGAAUACAUCCAAAACAGCAACCAUCUUUGUUUUGACAUAUCCCACGGCAUGUCAACCGCAGAUCCAAUUUGGCGCUCAGACCCAGCACACCCCAGCAAUGGCUUCGGCGAUGGCCAUCGCUUCAGCAUCUUCUCAAAAGUCCAAGAGGAGCCCCAAGCUAAAGGCCAAAGAUAAGGUAUCCGAGGACUCACUCAGACAAGCAUCUGUUAGUCAAUCGGGAGCUGGAAGUAUUGCUCCUGUUCCGGAGGGUCUGCAACUUGCGGGGGAUGGGGAUCCUGCCACAAUCCAUACAGGAGUCCUCCACAAGCGCCGCCGGAAGAAACAUCAAGGCUAUGCGCGGCGAUUCUUCUGCUUGGACCUGACCACGGCUACCUUGUCUUACUAUCGGGAUCGGAACUCCUCAGCACUCCGAGGCGCCAUCCCGCUGUCGUUGGCAGCUAUUGCAGCCAAUGCCAAAUCAAGGGAGUUCACAAUCGAUUCCGGGGCUGAGAUAUGGCACCUUAAGGCGAGCAAUGAGUCCGAUUUCGAAGAAUGGAAGAGCGCUCUAGAAACCGCUGCGCGGCUGGUGAAGGAGUCUACCACUCCAGGUGAUAGCAUGAAUAUCUCCACCGGCAGUACCGGGGCCAACGAAAAGUCGAAUUUGUUUGAUGACCAGGAGUGGGCCAGGCUGGAAACUCUGCUGAGUAGGAUUUCAGGGACACGCGAUGCCGUACGAAGGCUUUGCCUGGAGACGCUGGCCCAGUCAAUGCCGCCGUCGUCACCUCUUUUGGGUCCUACAUCUGUAGGGUCAACCCCGACGGAUGGCCCGACGGAGGAUUAUUUCAAGCAAGACGAUAGGCGAUCUUUCUGGAAACGAAAACCCAGUACUCAUAGCAGUCAACCGAACAUUUUUAAGCGGAGUGUUUCUGGUCAACUGGCAGUCCCUGCGCCCGCCACCGAGCCCGGUCAACGCAAUGGCUCGGUAUCUCCUGCACCAGCUCAGCGGCCCCGGCUUGCUCAUGAAGAAAGCAUGCACGACCACUGUAGAGCAGUGCUUCACGACCUUGACUCAGUUGUCAGCGAAUUUGCGUCCUUCGUGACGGAGCACAAGAUGCGACAUGCGGCGCCGCCCAGGUCGGCAGUUUCUCGAAUGAGUCUGCAGUCGGUGGAUUCACAAGAGUACUUUGAUGCGGAAGACAAAUCUGGGGUUUUCGAUAUCCACAGUGAUACUGAACAUGAGGGUUCUGGGUCUGAUGAUGGUGGUGCCGAGGACGAAUUUUCCGCGACAAGCAGUGACUUCGGGGACGACAACCUGGAGGUGGUAAAGCGACGAUCUGGCAGUGUAUCCACGUUUCUACCACCGAAAUCUAGGGCAUUGACGCCCUUGCCAUUGUCUCCGAUCCCCCGAAGGCGGUCCAUCACAGCCCCAACUGUGAUGCCUCCCAGCCUGAUAGGGUUUCUUCGGAAGAAUGUAGGCAAAGACCUGUCCACCAUAUCGAUGCCGGUUUCAGCGAAUGAGCCGCUGUCACUACUGCAGCGGGCGGCAGAGCAGUUGGAAUACUCCCAGCUUCUGGACCAUGCUGUGCAGUGUACGGACGUUUUCGAACGACUCAUGUACGUGACUGCGUUUGCUGUCUCAUCACUGUCGAACUCGCGCGCCAAAGAGCGGUCGAUCCGCAAACCUUUCAAUCCCAUGCUGGGGGAGACGUAUGAGCUGGUCCGAGAGGACCGGGGAUUCCGCUUCAUCGCCGAAAAGGUGUCACACCGCCCCGUGCAACUCGCAUUCCAUGCCGAGUCCCAACAUUGGGUCUUUACCCAAUCGCCUCUCCCAUCGCAGAAGUUCUGGGGCAAAUCAUCCGAGAUCGUUACGGAAGGCAAAGCUCGAUUGGUGUUGUACCCCACGGGCGAGGUCUACAGUUGGUCCGCGGCGACGUGUUUCUUGCGGAACAUCAUUGCGGGAGAGAAGUACGUGGAGCCUGUGGGAACCAUGACCGUUGUGAACGAGGCGUCAGGCCACAAGGCGGUGGUGACAUUCAAGGCCAAAGGGAUGUUCUCUGGGCGCAGUGAGGAUGUGGAGGCGCAGACAAUCGACAGCAAUGGGCAAGAAUUGUCUAUUGGGCUGACGGGGACGUGGACGAAUUCACUGCAGCUGAAGGAGCCCGGCAAGGUUGGGCGAUCGACCAUUUGGACAGUAGGGCCACUGGUGGACGAUCCCCACAAACACUAUGGAAUGACUCGCUUUGCUGUGGAGUUGAACGAAAUCACGCCGAUAGAAAGGGGCAAGCUGCCUCCAACUGACAGUCGACUUCGACCCGAUCAACAUGCCUUGGAACAGGGGGAUCAUGACCGAGCGGAAAAGCUGAAGAAUCAAUUGGAGGAAGGGCAACGAGCACGGAGAAAGCAAAUGGAGGCCAAAGGCGAGAGCUGGAACCCUCGAUGGUUUUCCCGGAUAGAAUUGGGGGAUGAAGUGGUGUGGAAGCUGAAGACCGGGAAAGACGGAUACUGGGAGGAACGAGCCCGAGGUGAAUGGACGGGGGUGGUGCCGGUGCUUCAAACAGAACAGUAG